AGCCCACUUCCAGCUGUUUCGGACGAGGAUGUGGAUCCUCACACCGAUCCAGCGUCUCUGCAAACCACCAUAUCGUCACUACUGCCCCAUGACCAGCUUCGGAUGCAACAAGAUAAGCGAAAAGCUUUCCAUGACGGUUGGCGAGAGGGCCCGAUCACUUUCCUGCCUACGUAUAAGUAUGACGUGGGAAGCGUUGCUAGGUUUGAUUCAAGCGAGAAGAACCGAGGUCCCAGUUGGUGUGACCGGAUACUGUAUCGGACUCGCCAGGACAGAAUGCGAUACGAAAGACUGGCCAAAGAAGCUGCGGAAGCAAGAAAACGCGACGAAGAGAUGAAAGCCCGGGGCUUGGACAAGGCAGUUGCGGACGAUAGCGUGUUGUUUGAUUAUGAUCCCGAUGUCGACGGAGCGGACAGUGUGGAGGAAUACGAUCCAGAUAAGGAUUCCAACGGUGACGGCUCGUUAGAUGUGGACGACGAUGCGGAUAACUCACUGCAGCUUGAGUACUAUGUAUCGCAUCAAGGCAUCCUCUCCUCGGAUCAUAAACCCUUGGCCGCAGCAUUUACGUUGACGUACGACUCGGUGGAUCCGCAGUUGAAAGCCAAGGUACACCAGGAGGUGGUUCGGGAGCUGGAUAAGGUGGAAAACGAGUCUCGGCCUGGGCUCACCGUUGUGGUGGACCACCACGGCAGUCAACCUACAAGUGAAGACCCCAAUGCCGUGAACUUUGGUGACAUACCUUUCGAUGUGCCUGUCACCCGGUCACUGACGGUCGCCAACACCAGCGGCGUGCCUGCGACGUUUACCCUAGAAAAGCCGGAGCAAGAUGUCUCUAAUCGCACACCAUCCUGGCUGGAUUACCGUAUUGACCAACCACAUCUGUCUGACUCAGACUCCGGCUCAAAGCAGAAGCUGCCGUCGCACGAGUGUACCCUGCAUCCCGGGGAGAUUGCCAACAUUGAGGUCACAGCAUGCGUCCGAGAUAUUGAACUGGCUCGUUUAGUAAAUGACGGAAAAUUGAGUCUAGAGGAAAUCCUCGUCCUUCGAGUGGCGCACGGCCGAGAUCACUUCAUCUCCGUUCAUGGCAAAUGGCUGCCCACCUGUUUCGGCCGCUCAUUAGAGGAGCUAACUGUCAUGCCUGAAACGGGCGCACGCAGCCUAGUUCCAGCCAAGGCACCCCGAGACCAAAACAAUACCCCGGGCAUGCCUUUGUCGGCUCCUCGGGAGCUUUUUCGAUUGACGGAGGCCAUAUCCGAGAUAUCAGAACGUGCCAUUGCCGAGUGGAGCAUGACAAGAAGUGAGGCGGAAGAAGAUACACCACCAUGGAUGAGAGAGCCCGCUGGAUUCGGAUGGCCCUUUGAGCCUGAGGCCUGGACUCUGCGCGAUCAAGUUGAACGUUCCCAUCUCUUAUCCUGUGCUCGCGAAGCGCUCGACACCAACAAGGAUUUCAACUCUGUUUUCGCCCCAGAGGUAACUUCACUCCAGCGUCUCGAAAUCCUCAGCGAAACGCUUCUCGCAUUCCUCGGAUCCCUGAAGGACGGUAUCGUCACUGCCGCCGUCUGGCAAAACCUCGAUCAACAAAUUCUCACUCGCGAAAAAACCAAACAACCCCCACUAUCUUGGGAAGACUCCCAGGCCUGGGUGCUCGAAAGCCUCGCCUUUUCCCCCGUCCACAGCGUCUCCUUCACCUUCGUCACGUUCAUGUUAGCCCGCAUUGCGAACGAAGUUGCCCCUGCAUCCUCCAUUCCCAACAACACCAACGCCAACAACCGCGGCCCCUCACCAAACGUCUUAUCCUCAUCGUCUGGCAACGAAUCACAGCCAAAUACAGCCACCCAGAACCCACCGGAAGAUGCAUCCCAGCCUGGCCCUGCCCCUGCCGCCUUUAUCCGCCGCAAAACACGUACCUUCACUUCCUCGAUUUCAAGCAUAACAACCGAACAACCCUCGCUUAAUCCUAGUCCUAGUCCAAUGGCCAUUCGUCGUCAGGCCGUGGAAACUGCUCUUGCAUCCAUCUUCUCAACAGUUCUCAUAUCAUCAGACAUUGCUGCACCGUCAAAGGAGAAAGAUCGGCGUGCGUUAGAGGAAAGGAAACGGAGUAUCAUUAACCCUUUUUAAAGACUAUUGGAGUUGAUAAUAAGGGACCCUCAGGGGGUGUUUCCUAGGAGAGGAGAGGAAAGGAUAAGCCAAUCAUGAAUGCUUAUUUGCGUGUUAUUACUCGUAACUACAUAUGUAUCUUUAUAGAGUUUCCUCUUCCUAUCGGACCUCUCUCUGCUUGUGGAUGGGUUAGUCUGUUGUUAUUUAUAGUACAGUUGCGCUGACAGUUGUAAUCUUACCGUCACUUCGGCGGGUGGUAAUAGCUGAAGCAAAGAUUCGCAGAUGGUACCGAGUGGUAGUACUAGUAAUGAUACACAUGUCCUGCCUGAAGGACUGGCUACGGG